ACAAGAAAAGAUAACACACCCAUAUAACUUAUACUAUAUAUAUUCAUACAAAAUAACUUUUAUACCUUCAACUUAAACCUUUUCAUUCAAAGCACAGCCAUUUCGUUCGACCACCAUCAUGUUUGGGCGACGAUUUCAUCGAAAAAAAUCCUCCAAUGCCAUGUCCAUUGUAGAGCUUCUAGUGCACAUGGAUUGCGAUGGAUGUGAAGGUCGAAUUCGAAGAGCGGUCUCCAAAAUAGAAGGAGUACAUAGCUUGGAAAUAGACAUGAACAAACAAAAGGUUACUGUAACUGGAUAUGUAGAGGAAAGAAAAGUGUUGAAGGUGGUGAGAGGGACGGGGCGAAAAGCGGAGCUAUGGCCGUUCCCUUACGACAAUGAAUACUACCCAUAUGCAUCGCAAUACUAUGACGAAUCAACGUAUGCUUCGACAUAUAAUUAUUAUAGGCAUGGUUUCAAUGAAGGCGUUCAUGGAUACUUUCCAGAUCCUUUAUAUUCAACUGUUAGUGAUAACACUGUUCAUCUUUUUAGCGAAGAUAAUGUUCAUGCUUAUUGUAGUAUUAUGUGAUCCAUUAUUCUAUAUAAAUUUAUGAAUUUAUA